AUGGAUAGAGAGAUGGCCGUGAAGAACAGUGGCAAUUCGGAGAGAGAAAUCCCGGAGAUACUUAGUGGUGGUGGAAGGCGUGAGUCAAGUGGUAAGUCCCAGAGGACUUCCCAUCCGAAGGGUAAAGAUGGUAGAAAUGCAGCCACCAAGGCUCAUGGUUAUCAUGGAGGCAACCAUAGACAGCGUGGGAAGCAGCAAAAGCCCGGGAAUGGGAGAAGAAGAGAUGACUCUGAAAGCUAUGAUUUGGAUAUGUCGUUGCAAGAUGAGCUAAUUAAUGGAAAUUACAGGUUACGAGGUAGGAAGGCGCAGGUUUCGAUAAAUCAUUUGUUGCAGUUUCAAUUACCUGAAAUUGAGAGAGAACAAGAAGGAAGAUUACGCAAGGGCAAUCGGAGAAGGAAUCAAGGUGAGACUCAUAUACAUCUGCAUGGUGACUCUUUUAUCAACGCAAACUAUCGGCUGCUUCUGGAUGAUCGUUUCGAUUAUAAGGAACAGAGUGCGGACCCCAAUGCGCCUGUGCCAGGUGAGAAAAUCGUGCGAGUUAUCGUUCCUCGAGGUCAAAACUGUCCCAUCUGUCUUUCUGAAGAGCCUAUAGCACCUCAUAUGGUCGCAUGUGGCCAUAUUUUCUGUCUGAGCUGUCUCUUAAACUUCUUUUCUGUUGAGGAUACUGUCAAGGAUAAGAACACAUAUGCGCAGAAGAAAAAACUUAAGGAAUGUCCUCUAUGUGGUAGCAUUGUACGUCCAGAGAAGGUGAAGCCUGUGCUGGCUGAAGAGGCCCGUGCUCAUGAUGUGCCGGAGCCUGGUAAGGCGGCUACUUUGAAAUUGAUGUGCAAGCCUCAUGGGUCGAUCUUGCCUCUGCCAGUGCUAUUGGGUACCGAUCCUCUAGCUGUUGGAGAUGCCCCAUCUUUGGAUCUACCUCUUGUUGCCGAUUAUGCUCAUAUGGUCAAAUGCAGUGCUUCAAAAGCCAUGGAACUGUAUCAAAAGGAUUUGGAGGGGAUAUUAAACCAGUAUGAAAUUGACAAAAUUUUGUACAACGAUGAAGGAAAAUAUUACAAGAUGGCGAUUGACUAUGUGAAUGAUAAGAUUGCAAAUAUCAUCAGUCAACAAGAUGUGGAUAAUUUGGAAGGAAUUGAUCAAUCGAUAGCCAACCUCAAUUUAGGUACUGACCUGAAAGAGAAGUACAACGAUUCCAAUGCCUUUUUCUUUUACCAAACAUCAUUCUCUUCACCAAUCAGAUUCUUUUUAUCGCCACUUGAUGUUAAAAUCCUGUUGACUGCAUUUCAUCAGUACUCUAAAUUUCCAGAAGAACUGAAUGUAAUGGUGGAAAAUGUUAAUUACAGUUCCGUACUUACCCCUGAAAUGACUAAUCGUUACAAGUAUUUUGGUCAUUUACCACUGGGCACAGAAAUCGCCUUCAUCGAGAUCGACUGGAGGGAGAAUAAUAUCCUGCCCAAGGAAGUUUACCAACAUUUCGUCGUGGAACUUAAGCAACGUCGCAGAAAACUCAGCCAGAGGAAGCACAAAGAGGACAAGCAGAGAAUAGAUCAUCAAAGAAAACUCGAAAGGGAACACGCGGAAUUCUAUAGGAGGGAAAAUGGCGAGCUGUCGUCGACUCAAGAUUUCUUGGACCGCGAAAUAGCUCUGAGCAACGAAAGUUUCCUGGAUUCGCUGUCUUCGAUAAACCAAACAUCUCAAGAUCUGACAAACGGCAACAAUGAAGACCGAGAAAGGAAGCCCGCUUUGAAGGAAAGGACCAUAUGGGGCACCUCCAUCCCAGUGAGUCGUGACGAGAAGUCUUCGAAAGAGAAUGAAGAAUUUGAAGCCAUGCUUCUUCAGAAGAUGCAGCAAGAUGAAGCCGAUGAAAGUUCCGGCGAUGCUGGCAGGAAGAAGGGCAAGAAGAAGAAGGGCAAAGUCAUGCUGUUCAGCAGCGCUCAUCGAACUUUAUAG